CCAAACUAUCAGUAGGGAAGUCAGCAAGCAUCCGGGUUAGUCAGUCUAUCGAUCAGUUCAGCAAUGGUUGAAAUGUGUUCAGGCACGCCACAGAAGGACGACCGCCUAUGAUAAGCAUUCCGACACAUCAUAGAAGCACGGUCGAUGAUGAUGGGUGUCCACCAAACGCCGAUCAGACAGCCUGGAUCAAUGUGAACAAUGCCAUUUAAAGUGGACCGAGGACUCUGCGUUGUUCGGCUUGACACGGUUCAUGCGUGUUCACCACUGAUUUGUUUUAUUCGACUUGUUCGUUAACGAACGGCAACGGACGGUGAAUGACCGAUGGUCUUGCGAACAUGCUCUGCACCGAAGCCCUACGAACAACCCCGUCUAUCUUGAACCAGUUGGCUGCGCUGGAUCUUCCGGGAGGGUUGCGGAUGUUCCGGCCCGUGAUACAAAAUAUGUCGGAUUUAGCAUAUGCGUUUGACACAGACGGAAUUCUUCGGAAUACACAUUCGGGGGAAACAUUAUCAAUGAAAGUCACAUUUACAGGCGCCUCACUCAGGCGACAGGAAUUGAUCCGAGCCAUGUGCAUCCGUGACGUUCGUCAGCGCCUAUUCGAUCUAAACAUGCAGCUUAGUUCGAUUCCAAUACCUGGUUGUCCAACUUCAUGCAUUCGUGUGUUGCACUCAAAGAAUCUGUUCACCCAUCGUGGUCCAGUUCUACUCGUUCUUCAGGGUGGUGCAAUGUCACAGGCUGGCGUAUGGGCCACGCGACUCUUGCUACAUCCACAACAUGGACUUCGUUCGGGAAGUCAGAUUGAUUUAGUCCGCAAGGCCCAUGAGUUGGGCUACGCUGUGGCUCUUAUUCACGGUGGGGAUUAUGGUCCAACCGAGGCCGAAUUGGAUACCAUUGAACUAAUAUCCGCUCUGUCACGUCCAAUGCCACAGCCAGCUGACUGUGUACCACCGGAAGUCAAGCAGGUGACAACCCAGUUGACCGGUUCUGAACUUAAAUCAAACACCACGCAUACCGAAUGCCAUCAUACUGGGUGCCCACAUGUCUAUGUAGAUCUCGGGAACGCAAAUUUACUGACCGGAAGGUCCGUGGUUCGAACCCAAUCUCUACAUCUCGACUGCUUCUGUAUAGGCUUGGGAAACCCGGCAGUAUCCCAGCUCUCGUACUUCUCCCGAGUGGCUUGGUAUCAAGGAACCGGAUGGGUGUUACAGCUGAAUGGUUAUCAUUAUUCCUAUAUUAUUAUUACAAAGGUCCCGACUAGCAGUGUUUCAGCUGCUCCUUGCCCAAUCCCCAUCAGUGACUACUUUCCCGUACCACCACUUGAUUCACUGGGUUUUGCGCCGGCUACUGGACUUACUCAUCAAAGUCUCGAUUCUCUGAGAUCCGCCAGUAGCUCAGCAUUGUUUUCCCUACUGUUGAGCAACUUCAACACCCCGGAGGACAACGCAUCUAAGCCUACGGUAGUGCCAGUUCCUCCCCAUGUUCCUCCAACUCUCCCUGGUUGCAAUAGCAGCAGCGAACGUCCCUCAUUACUCCAUAAAACGUUUAAGAUACCUGGUUGUCCAACUUCAUGCAUUCGUGUGUUGCACUCAAAGAAUCUGUUCACCCAUCGUGGUCCAGUUCUACUCGUUCUUCAGGGUGGUGCAAUGUCACAGGCUGGCGUAUGGGCCACGCGACUCUUGCUACAUCCACAACAUGGACUUCGUUCGGGAAGUCAGAUUGAUUUAGUCCGCAAGGCCCAUGAGUUGGGCUACGCUGUGGCUCUUAUUCACGGUGGGGAUUAUGGUCCAACCGAGGCCGAAUUGGAUACCAUUGAACUAAUAUCCGCUCUGUCACGUCCAAUGCCACAGCCAGCUGACUGUGUACCACCGGAAGUCAAGCAGGUGACAACCCAGUUGACCGGUUCUGAACUUAAAUCAAACACCACGCAUACCGAGUCCGUGGUUCGAACCCAAUCUCUACAUCUCGACUGCUUCUGUAUAGGCUUGGGAAACCCGGCAGUAUCCCAGCUCUCGUACUUCUCCCGAGUGGCUUGGUAUCAAGGAACCGGAUGGGUGUUACAGCUGAAUGGUUAUCAUUAUUCCUAUAUUGUUAUUACAAAGGUCCCGACUAGCAGUGUUUCAGCUGCUCCUUGCCCAAUCCCCAUCAGUGACUACUUUCCCGUACCACCACUUGAUUCACUGGGUUUUGCGCCGGCUACUGGACUUACUCAUCAAAGUCUCGAUUCUCUGAGAUCCGCCAGUAGCUCAGCAUUGUUUUCCCUACUGUUGAGCAACUUCAACACCCCGGAGGACAACGCAUCUAAGCCUACGGUAGUGCCAGUUCCUCCCCAUGUUCCUCCAACUCUCCCUGGUUGCAAUAGCAGCAGCGAACGUCCCUCAUUACUCCAUAAAACGUUUAAGGUAUUCUUAGAUUUCAUUAUUCUCGCUUAUUCUUGCUCCGUGCAUGCACAGAUGGAUGGUUUCAACAGUAUGGGCGCGGCUUCUUCCACUCUACCGAGUUUUCCUAGCUGUCUUAAAGUCGACGCUCAAUGUCCCAAGACCUCCACUAUGUUCAUGAGAUCGAAUAUUCAUACGCACGAUCCAAAGCAAUUGGAGGAAUUCGCUCAACCUAAUCCCUUAUCAGAGCCAAACGGCCCACCUCCACCGGAUCUUCUAACCAGCGCUGGUUUGUUUAGGAAAACGCCUUCAUCCAUGGAGGGUGCGGCGUUAUCACCGGGGCAUGCGUUCCAGUUACCUGCUGCGGGCAGUGACAACGAAUCUGUUGGUGACAUAAGCGUGGAAGACCAAUUGUAUGGCGUAUGGCGUCAGCUUGUGCCCCGUCUUCUGUCUAACAAAAUAGUGAUUUGGGCCCAUCAGCAGGGUGGUGUGGGAUUAGUUCAUCCACUCCGACCAAUGCCUGGAGUUUUCGACGGGUUCCCUGCGCCCCAAAGUCUAUUCAGUCAUCAGAAACCUUCAGCCACUGUGGAUUUCCCCAUACCUACCGCGGAUUUACCUAAUGCAGCUUUAUACAAUGCCGCACAGAAUACUCCCGGUGCUUGUUAUUCCUCGGUGAAAAAUACCAUGAGAUGCCCAUCAGUCACCAGGUUUGGUCUUCCUCUAUCCAACCCAGUGAACACUAAUCGAGCAAAUCGACCAAUCGCAAUAGCAAACACAAUGUCACCGUCUCUUCAUGCACUACAACAGUGUUCUUCAACCACUGACCACCCUCUUUCAAGUCAGUUUGCAAUGGCAUCCACAUCCAAAGCUCCCCUCUGUGCCUCGCCCUUGGGAAAAUUGAAGCCCACUCGAAAACGACACAUAUCAGCUGGGCAUUCGUUAUGUGCUGCACGAACGCGCUUUGCCGAUAGGGUUGCUUGUGGACAACAUACAGCUUCCCGUGUGAGCCAUAUAAAGAAUGUGUGUUCACAAAUUGGAGGCAUGCUUCAAACGGAGACAGGUAGGAACGGCCAACAUUCAGUAAAUAUACAAAUACCCUGUGCAGAUUAG